CUCCUCCCUAUGGUACUGACAGAGAUAACAGAGAUAAGAAGAGCCACCUAUCCCCUUCCCUCACUCACAACUCAGAAGAGAAUGGCGAAGAGGCUACCAGUGAGUGAGGCAGUGCGCGCGUGACUCAUGAGUGCUGAUUUCUGCUUCCCCCGGCCUAGACCCCCACCUUCCGUCUGGACCCCCAUGUUUUCCCCUCCGUGCCUCCUCCUCCUCCUCCUCCUCCCCCUGCUAAUCCCCGAACUUUCCUCCACCUUUCCUUUCAUCCCCAGUCUCCACUUCUGAGCGACAAGCAGCCACUCCCACACGUCAGCCACACAAGCCAGCCAGUCCUCAGGUGGUGGGCGUAGGCAACGGCAGCAGCUCCCCCCUUGAUUCUUCCCGUCAGUGGCUCAAGCAGGAUGGUGUGGGUAGCAUUGGCGGUGAUGGCGGUGGUGGCGGCGGUGGUGCUGGUGGUCCGGAGCCGCGUGGACGACAGGGACAUGCCGCCGGGCCCCAAGGGACUCCCGCUCAUCGGCAACGUCCUCGACCUGCUGAAGGAGGACUCGGUAAUUUAUUUCACGAGACUGGCAGAGCAAUACGGACCCUUCUACAGCGUGCAGCUCGGCGGGCGACGGGUGGUGGUGCUCAGUUCUUCCCAUUGGUUGAACCAGGCCUUCGUCAGGCAGGGGGACAUGUUCAACCAUCGGCCCCGCGGCACCGUGCUCAGCUUCAUCAUGGGCGGAAAGGGUAUUGCCGACGCUGAGGACACGGUGUGGCGCGACAGUCGCCGCUUCACCCUGCACGUUCUGAGGGACUUCGGCAUGGGUAAGCGUUCCGUGGAAAACUACGUCAACAGGGAGCUGCAGGACUUCAUGGAGGUGACGCAGAAGAGCGUUGGUCGUGCCUACAACCCACACUACGACCUUGCCACCUCCGUGCUGAACAUCGUGUGGCACAUGUUUGUGGGCGAGCGGUUCCAGAUGGGAGACAAUACCCUGCGGUGGAUCGUGGACUCUUUGGAGCUGUCCCUCACGCUGGUGGAGCAGGGCGGUUUCCUCAACUACAUGCCGCUGCUGCAGUUCAUCGGCACCUUCAUGAAGCCCCGGGCUGUGAAAGUUGGCAGGAAUGUCCUCCACCGACUCACCUACAUCUCAGAACUGAUCGCCAAGCACAAGGCCACGCUGGACGACCCGGACCGAGACUUCGACCUCAUGUACGAAUUCCUCCUGCAGCAGCGCAAGGAGCUCCGCCAGGGCAAGACGGACACGAUUUUCACGGACAACCAGCUCAAGUGGCUGCUGAGUGAUCUGUUCAUUGUGGGCCUGGACACCACGGUCACCACGCUGCGAUGGUGCUUCCUCUUCCUCGUGCGCCAACAGGACGUGCAGCGGAGAGUCUUCAAGGAGGUGGAGGCGACGAUUGGCCUCGACCGCCAACCCACGUACGAGGACCGCCUCAAGAUGCCCUACACUGAAGCCUUCAUCAACGAGGUGUUCCGCUUCGGUUCCAUCACCCCCCUGGCAGUGCACGCUAGCCCCGAGGAGACCACUCUGGGGGGCUACCGUAUCCCCAAGAGGACCUGGGUGAUUGGAAACCUGUACGGCAUCCACUGGGACAAGAAGGUGUGGGGUGACCCGGAGAACUUCAGGCCGGAGAGGUUCCUGAACGAGGCCGGCGAGUUUGUCCGCUCUGAGCAUGUGCUACCGUUUUCUGUGGGUCGACGAAACUGCUUGGGCGAGUCGCUGGCGAGGAUUGAAAUUUUCCUCUUCCUCACUUCGAUGCUCCAGAAAUACGAGUUUGGGGUUGCGGAGGGAUUCGAGAAGCCCUCCACGAACUUCAGAUGCGGCGUGACCCUGAACCCUUGCGAGUACCACAUCCUGCUUACUGAAAGGAACCCUAUUAUUAUGCCCUGAGGGAAGUGAUGUAGGAGGGGCAGCCAGAGGGAGGCGCCCGUAAUUUUUUUUUUUUUUUUGGUGUUUGUACUGACGACUCCUUCUGGGAUCGUAUUAAAAAACGCUUUGCUUUCUCACCACGAUAAUUUUUAACGGCCAAAGAGAGGAUUAGUCCGGUUCUUAAGAGUGUUUUUUUUUUUUUUAAUAAUGUAGAAAUCUUGUUAAUAUUUAACGUCACUAGAACCAUAAAAAAAAAAAAAAAAUUAAAAACUCGUGUAACUUCAACUGAAGCCUUUUGAGAACAGUUGAGGUGCGACCAGAAUGUUUCAGAAUGUGAUCCCUUCUCAACUUCCGGAAGAUAAAGGCUUGAGUCUAUCCUCCUUUUGGGUAAACUUGACUGAUGAAUGUUACUGAGAUGUUACGGAAUGUAAUUGCCAUUUUAUUAUAUAUGUUCAAGAAAAUGAUUGUGCUUUCACUAAUAAUAAAGCUAUAGCCUAGUCAAUAUUAUAAUAGUGUAGUGUAAUUAUGUAGUGUUGUUAAGAUGAAUUGUGAAUAAAACGUCCAAUAGUAGCAAAGAAA